AUGUCAUAAUAAGAACUUGAAAAAUCCCUCGAGCUACUAGAUUUGACAAAGCCUUUUAUAUAUAAGGAUUUAAUUAGUCCUUCUAUUGCUAAUGCUUUUUGUUAUACACUCCAAUAAAUGCCUGCAGCUAUCACAAUUUAUUUUUUGGAGUAGACCUAAAAUUAAUUACAUGUAGCUACAUUUGGAGUUGGCACUAUAUUUUAUUAAGCCUUUGGAUUUAGUGUAAUGAAUGGAAUAUCUAGUGUAUCAAUUUAAAAAUAGCAUAGGGUUUAUAAGCUUUAGCAUCUUAAGCUAUUGGUGCGUAAAAAUUUUAAUUUUGUGGUAAAUUGUAUUAUUAAUCAAUUUUCAUUUGUUGCAUUUUAAUUAUACCAGUAGCAUUAAUCCUGUAUUUUUCUGAAGACAUUAUGCUUUCCAUUAAAAUGUAAUUAUUUUUUAAUCUUAGUGAAUAAGAAUUAGCUGCAGCAACUGGUCUUUUGAAUAAAGGAAUGAUUUCAGUCAUUUUUUUUGAAGGAAUAUUUGCACAGACUAAGGCAUUUUUAAAUGCUUAGAACCUUUAUCAGUAUUAUAAAAAUAUAUAAUAGUCUAUCAGUCUAUACUCAUUUUAUAUCCUGUUUCUUAUCUUUACUAUUUAAUUACUUUUUUAUUUCAAUCUUAGAGAUGUAGUUAUUAGGAGGAAUUAUUGCAAGAAAUCUUCUUGAAAUUUCAAACAAUUUGAUUGUAGUUUACUUAAUUAAGGUAUAUUAUAAUAUAAACAUAAAUAGAGAUUGAACUGUUGUAAAGAAACUCUAAUCAAAUUUGAAUGGACAGUACUAGAUGGUUCAUUUAAAUUUUUCAAAACUGCUUUACCAAUAGGAUCAAUAUUUUGGUAUGAAAGUAUUUGUUUUGAAAUAUUCUAAAUCUAAGUGAAUUAUUUACCAUCUUUGUUAUUAAGUUUAAAUGUUUUAAUGUACACAGUGGCAUUGCUUGUUUAUUAAUUUAGUUAUGGAAUAUCUAUUGCUGCAACUACAUUUGCUGGAAAUGCUAUGGGAGCAAAAUAAGUGAAAAUGGCUAAGCAAUAUACAAUUGGAUCAUUUGUUUUGUUAGGAGGGUUUCUUAUUAUUUGUCUAAUGUUAAUUAUUGGAUUCUAGUAGUAAAUUGUUAAAUUUUUAACAUCUGAAGUUGAGAUGGAAGAAUUAUUUAUAAAAUUCUUACCUGUUUUACUUAUAUAAAUUGUAGUUGAUGGUGUUUAAGCUAUAGUUUCUGGAAUAGUGAAAGUUAUAGGUAAAGAGCAUUUUGCAUCUAAAUCUAUGAUGUUUUGUUACAUAGUUUUUGGAUAACCUGUAGCAUACAUAAUGACUUAUCUUUUAGAUUAUGAAUUAGCAGGAGUUUGGUGGGGAAUGAUUGUCGCAGCUUCGACAUAUUCAUUCUUAUAAAUAUAUAUUAUGUUGAAAAGUGAUUGGUAUCAUUUGUCAAAUGAAAUAAAUAAUAAAAUUGAUUCUUUAGGGGAUCAUCAUAAUGAUACAGAAUUGUAGUUAUUAGAUAAAGUUUGA